AUGGUCCACCUCGCUCAAGUCCACCGCAACGCUGAUCUCGACAGCACCAUCAAGCGUGUCGACUCCAUUCAAUUGGAGAACACUGACGAAGAUGGAUUCUACUCUAGCGUCUACGGAACACGGUUCGCAACAGAACAGCUGCCUCAGACUGAGAUGCCGGAGCGGGAGAUGCCCAGAGAGGUCGCCUAUCGCAUGAUUAAGGACGAGUUGAGCCUCGAUGGAAACCCAAUGCUCAACUUGGCGAGUUUUGUCACGACCUAUAUGGAAGAUGAAGCCGAAAAGCUCAUGACUGAAUCCUUCAGCAAGAACUUCAUCGAUUACGAGGAGUAUCCUCAGUCAGCGGAGAUCCAGAACCGCUGCGUCAACAUGAUUGCGCGUCUGUUUAACGCGCCAGUUCACAGCGAAGACGAGCACCCGAUGGGCACCUCGACCAUCGGAUCGUCCGAGGCAAUCAUGCUGGGUACCCUGGCUAUGAAGCGCCGUUGGCAAAACAAGCGCAAGGCUGAAGGCAAGGACUACUCCCGCCCUAACAUCGUCAUGAACAGCGCUGUACAGGUGUGUUGGGAAAAGGCCGCACGGUACUUUGACGUCGAGGAGCGAUAUGUGUACUGCACCGAGGACCGCUAUGUGAUUGAUCCCCAGCAGGCGGUUGACCUGGUUGACGAGAACACUAUCGGUAUCUGCGCUAUCCUCGGAACCACCUACACCGGUGAGUAUGAAGACGUCAAAGCAAUCAAUGACCUUCUGAUCGAACGCAACAUCGAUGUUCCCAUCCAUGUUGACGCCGCUAGCGGCGGUUUCGUCGCUCCUUUCAUCAACCCUAAGUUGGAAUGGGAUUUCCGCCUCCCAAAGGUCGUUUCGAUCAACGUGUCUGGCCACAAGUAUGGUCUGGUCUACCCUGGCGUGGGCUGGGUCGUCUGGCGGUCCCCGGAAUAUCUCCCCAAGGAUCUGAUUUUCAACAUCAACUACCUAGGAGCUGAACAGGCCAGUUUUACCCUGAACUUCUCCAAGGGUGCAUCUCAGGUCAUCGGCCAGUACUACCAGAUGAUCCGACUUGGCAAGCGUGGCUACCGCUCCAUCAUGACCAACAUUACUGUUACUGCGGACUUUUUGGCCCAAGAGCUGGAGAAGAUGGGCUUUAUCAUCAUGAGCCAGCGUCGCGGCCACGGUCUCCCAUUGGUCGCUUUCAGACUGCCCGCUGAGCGGGAGGGUCAGUUCGACGAGUUUGCCUUGGCACACCAGCUGCGUGAGCGUGGCUGGAUUGUCCCUGCAUACACGAUGGCGCCCAACAGCAACAACCUGAAGCUGAUGCGUGUGGUUGUCCGCGAGGAUUUCACAAAGAGCCGGUGCGACGCGCUGCUUAGUGAUAUCAAGUUGGGCCUGAAGACGUUGGGUGACAUGGACAAGGCCAUGUUGGAUAAGUACACCCAGCACGUCCGCACCCACGCCACCCACUCGCACAAGUCCAAGCACAACCACCCUCACUACAAGGGAGAGACGCACUCCCUGCAGGGUAAGCAUGGCAAGACUCAUGGUGUUUGCUAG